CAGAGUAGAGCAAAAAAACCCUCGUGGCGACAAAACGCGUCGACGUUUGACGUCAUCAAAAGGCGACCUCGCUGGCAUUGCACUUCUUCCGCUUGUCAACGGGUUACUGCAGAAGGAUAUCAGCGAUAAAAGUAGAGCUGUACUGUUCUGGACUAUCAAGUAUAAAAUCAGCUUUAGAGACAGGGCUUGCUUUUUCGGGUGGUUUCACAGAUCUAAACGUCCGAUAUAUUCAAGUACAAAAGACGACAUGGGAAGAACACUGAGAAGAAAAUACAUCAUCUGAAAGCACCAAGAAUACAGAUAUUACCAGAGAGAGAAAGAAAGGCUCCAUCUACAUGAAGUCCACUGUUAUUCUCUGAGCACACAGAAGUCUGAUCAAGGCUGAAGAUGGUCUGAUGGACCGACGCUUCUUGCUGACAUUAAUCUUCUGCUCAGUCUCAUGGAUUUUCUUUUGGGAACUGCGCUGGAAGAAGAGCAAGGAAAGUCAGAUUGAAGAAUGGCUGCAAGGCCAUAGUCUGUCUGAAUACAAGCGUCUAUUUGAAGAUGUGCAGUCUCUGGAAGAGUUGAGUCUGAGUUUGCUGACUCGUUUGGAGGAGGUGCUGAAGGAACAGCGGCGCUGGAGGGACAUCGCUGAAGCCAACGUCCGUCUGCUCAGAGACUUCGCCUUUCAGGAGUGGCUGUGCUCCCAGAGCCUCGAGCACUACUACCACACUCUGAAGACCCUGGGAUGCACUAAUCUGGAUGACCUAGCCCAGUUUGACAGCCAGCUUCAGCUUUCUCUGGCAGCCUGGGGCUAUUACUACGAGGACUACAUCAAGCUGUCCACAGGCGUAAAGGUCCUCCAAGCAUCCCGGGGUAGCAGAGACCAGGACUACGAGGUUCAGCUGGUGCACAGCCUUGCCGAGAGGCGCCUGAAUGAGAAGUGGUCCAUCGCUGGAGCGCUGAUAUUUGGCUGUACUGUUGCACUGUGCUUUCUGAUAAGGGACCUCAUGUUUUACGUGAUUGGUGGAAUAACCGUUUCCAUCAUCGCAUUUGUCUUUACCAUCAAGUUCCUAUGUGAGCUUGCAGCACGCGUGGUCAGCUUCCUGCAGAAUGAGGACCCUGGGCGUCGUGGCGACCGUAGCAUUUACGACUACGUGCGGGGGAACUACCUGGACCCGCGCUCCUGCAAGGUCUCCUGGGACUGGAAGGAGCCACAGGAAGUGGGCCAAACCAUGAGCUUCCGUGUGCAGCUCUUCUAUAAGAAUGGCCAGCCGUUUCUCGCUCACGGGCCCGUGGGUUUGAGGGUGAACAUCACUCACAUAGAGCUGGCUCUGGACAUUCCUGUCACCCAGGAGGUCCUUCAGGAGCCCGAUUCCAACGUGGUGAAAGUGACCUUCACUGUGCGCAAGGCGGGCCGCUACGAGGUGGCUGUUAAACUGGGGGGGCUCAAUGUAGCAUACAGCCCCUAUUAUAAAACAUUUCAACCAGGGACGGUGGUGCCAUCCAAAACAAAGAUUGCGUACCAUUUUUCAACUCUGGUGCUGACAUACGGUCAACAGCACACACUGCAGAUCGAGCCUCGAGACGAGUAUGGUAACCCUACCAGUAACUCCAUCUCUCUCGUGGACGAGGUCAACUACAGUGUGCAUAUACACUCAUUGGGGACUAUAGAAGAGGACAGUUCUGAAGAUUACUACAGCAUGACAGUUUGUUGUAAUAAGCCACAGUGUCAGGUUCUGCUGCGGCUCACUCUGAAGAAAAAGGGCUGCUUCAGGGCGUGCAUUACUUACAGGGACCAGCCUCUCAAUAAUGGAGAGUUUGACAUCAUUGUGCUUAGUGAGAACGAGAAGAACUGUGUGGAGAAGAACGUGUCCACUCCAGGAAUUAGUAUCUAUUUUGAGGCAUACCUCUAUGGUACAGGGAACUAUAGCAGCUCUACCUGGCAGUUCCCAGCAUCUUCUCUGCUCACCCCACCACGACGGCCAUCCAUGGGCGAUGACGAGGAAGAGCACGACUCUCCAGUGGAGGGCCAACCUGAGAAGGUCAAGAAACCAAAAAAGGUCUAUUGUUACAUAUCACCAAAGCAACUCUCUGUGAAGGAGUUUUAUCUGAAGAUUAUUCCAUGGCGCCUUUUCACUUUUCGUGUGUGCCCAGGAACGAAGUUCACCUACCAUGGGCCUGACCCAGUCCAUAAGUAUCUGACGUUGGUGGUGGAUGAUGGGAUCCAGCCUCCUGUAGAACUGAGCUGCAAGGACAGGAACAUUAUGGCAGCUACAUUUAUUCGCUUCCUGCACAAGAACAUUGGAGGCUCGGAAACAUUUCAGGACAAGGUGAGCUUUUUCCAGCGAGAGCUCAGGCAGAUUCACUCCAAGAGACCUCGAGUUAAAACCUGCUUGAAGAUCAGCCGCCACUCCAUUCUCGACUCUUCUCUAAAAGCCACCAGAAACUUCUCUGUGUCGGACUGGAGUAAGAACUUUGAGGUGGUGUUCCAGGAUGAAGAAGCUCUGGACUGGGGAGGGCCGAGGCGUGAGUGGUUUGAACUCAUCUGUAAGAAUCUGUUUGACACCAAUAACCAGCUCUUCACACGUUUCAGUGACAAUAACCAGGGUCUGGUGCAUCCUAACGCAGAGCGCCCUGCUCACCUGAGGUUGAAGAUGUACGAGUUUGCAGGGCGCGUGGUGGGGAAGUGUCUAUACGAGUCAGCUUUAGGAGGAGCCUAUAAGCAGCUGGUGCGAGCCAGGUUCACUCGCUCAUUCCUGGCCCAGAUCAUUGGCCUGCGCAUGAACUACAAGUACUUUGAGACAGACGAUCCGGAGUUCUUCAAAACAAAAGUCUGCUUUAUCUUAAAAAAUGACGUGAGUGAAAUGGACCUUGUUUUUGCUGAGGAAAAGUACAGCAAGUCAGGACAACUGGAAAAGGUGGUGGAGCUGAUAGCAGGUGGUGCUCAAAUUGCUGUCACUAAUGAGAAUAAAAUGCAUUACCUGAAUCUGCUGGCUCAGUAUAGACUGGCCAGUCAGGUGAGGGAUGAAGUAGAGCACUUCCUCAAAGGUUUGAAUGAACUUGUACCUGAGAACCUUUUGGCCAUAUUUGAUGAAAACGAGUUAGAGUUGCUGAUGUGUGGUACUGGAGACAUCAACGUGCAGGAUUUCAAAGCCCAUGCUGUUAUCGUUGGAGGCUCAUGGCACUUCAGAGAGAAGGUGAUGAAAUGGUUCUGGGCCGUGGUGUCCUCCUUCACUCAGGAAGAGCUUGCACGUCUCCUCCAGUUCACCACCGGCUCCUCUCAACUCCCUCCCGGUGGCUUCAACACACUCUGCCCCUCCUUCCAGAUCAUAGCAGCGCCAACACACAGCACGUUGCCAACUGCACACACCUGUUUUAACCAGCUGUGCCUCCCUACCUACGACUCCUAUGAGGAGCUGCACAAACUGCUGAAGCUGGCCAUCAGCGAGGGCAGCGAGGGCUUCGGCAUGCUCUGACAACACACUGGCUCUGACUUUUGGAUAAUCCGAAGGAAUUCCUUUUUCUGUGUCUUCUCUCCAACUAUUGAGCUGCUGUGUAUAUGAGCCAAUGCACUUUUUUAUCCUCCAAUAACAGACCUCUUAGCUGAAGCCCACAUGGAUGUCCAGAUCUUUCUCUUUCAAGCAGGACCUUCACAUGAUCCUGAGUUGCCUUUGGCCUAUUCCACUCGAUGCUGGAGCUAUGUAAAUAUGUAAAUCUUUUUUUUUUUUUUUUGUUACAGUUAAAAAAAGGAAAAAUGAUUGAAUGAAUAACACUGUUGCGUUUUAUUCUAGAUGGUACGUUUUGUUGUUGUUUUUUUUCCGUUUUUUGUGAGUUUGUCCAGUCAUUAAAAUGUGUAAAGCUACUAUCACAUUUGGCAUUAACAAAGCUGGGAACAUUUCAUAUGAAGUGUAGCAGCCUAUAAGAGGUGUGGAUCUACUACACACUGACUGCACUUUGGCCUUAACCGAUCAGGGAAGGUUGUGUCUUUUUUGUGUGUGUGUGUGUGUGUGUGUAUGU